AAAAAAAAUAUUUUUAUUGCUGAUGCUAAUAAUCAUCGUAUUGUUGAAUGGAAAUAUAAUGCAAAGGAAGGACAAAUCAUUGCAGGUGGAAAUGGACAAGGAAAUCGAAUGGAUCAGUUGUAUCUACCAACAGAUGUGAUUGUUGAUUCACAAAAUUAUUUGAUCAUCAUUGCUGAUUUGGGUAACAGACGAGUGAUUCAAUGGUUGAAUCAAAAUCAACAAAUUUUGAUUGACAAUAUUGACUGCAAUGGCUUGGCAAUGGAUAAAAAUGGAUUUCUUUAUGUUUCUGAUUGGGUUAGGCAUGAAGUGAGACGGUGGAAAAUGGGAGAAUACAAUGAAGGAAUUGUAGUGGCAGGUGGAAAUGGACAAGGAGAUCAACUCAAUCAAUUCAGUAUUCCUACUUUUAUCUUUGUUGAUGAAGAUCAAUCUGUUUAUGUAACAGAUGCAGGUAAUCAUCGUGUGAUGAAAUGGAUAAAAUAUGCAAAAGAAGGAAGAAUUGUGGCUGGAGAAAACGAUGAAGGAGAAAAUCUCAAUUAA